AUGCUCCUACGCUGCCCGGCUCUCAUCUGCAUUGUCGUUGCUUGGCCAUUUGUUGUCACACUUUCACUCAUCAUCGCCAUCCAGUCGGAGGUCGUUGUUAUUGACGACGUUCACUUAUUCCACCUUGAACUCGAAGUGACGAACUUUGGCAAUGGGGGCAAUUCCAAUAUGAUUUUUGGUGUUCCGGGGAUCGCUGUCAUGAGGAAGUCUUCUCAUACAUUAUUUACUUCUGCGGAGAAUGACUACAAUGCUGCACGUUUAUUAUCCCUGCAUCCCCCCGUGAUCGCAAACAAUGUCCGCCCCGACAUGGCCAUCCUUUUGUGCAUUGCCGUGUAUUCUUCUCUUUGCGCCAAUGCGUGCAAGUCGUCUUCAAACAUUCCCAUCACUAUUUCCUAA